UAUGCCCAUCUGUUACCUGAAAUCAGCGAGCUCGGCUACCAAAAUAUAAAAAGAAUGGGAAAGCUGUGUAUUUUCCAGAACAAAUUUUCAUAUCUGCACCACUCAGAGACAAUGCGGAUAGAGUAUUUCACCAGGAUCGAGCAUUUUCCUGAUAUUUACAGGUUUCUAUACUUUAACCAGUUCAUUGUUGAUCCUGUAAACAUUAAAAGGAUCGGCGAGAUAUUUUUAGAAAAAAUGGAAAUUUUAAAGCAUGAUUCAGCAUUGUUCAGUUCAUAUAUUGACAUGCUGUAUAACGGGCUGGUAUAUCGAAUGUGCAGAGCUAAGAAUUUUCAAAGAAGACAUCUUGGCACAGUCUUAUUGACAGCACUGCUUGAAUAUAGCCCUGGCAUGGUAGACAGCAGUUUAAUAGUAGACUUGAUCUAUGAUUUGUCAUCUGAAAUUAGAAAAAUAGCAUCAAAAUUCCGAAAGUGGAUUGCCAUCGAUAUCAUGCAUCACAUAAAGAAUCUCACUGCAUCGGAGAAUUAUAAAGUAUAUGGUGCAUCCAUCAUUUUACAGGAUAUUGAUCCUGAAAUUAUAUGGGCAGAGCUAGUAAAUAGAGUCUCUGCAGAUGAUAACAGGGUUUUUGGGCUGAUGUGCUGCCUUAAUCUUAUGAACUACACCAGAGACAAAUAUUCGUCAAUAGUUUUUAGCCUGUAUGAAAAGUAUAAAAGCAUUGAUGAUGAAAAAUAUACAAAAAACUGUAGCAUGCUGUCGUGGAAUGUACUGAGGGAGUGCUGUGUUCACUUUAAGAAUAUUAAAAGAAAUGAUCUGCUGAUGGGCUGUAUGCUCCAAACAGAUCACUUGGGCCUGGUCUGUCUGAUUAAAGAAAUUACAAGCAUCGAUGGCCUGGACAUUAAGCAUUAUAUCAGCAAAGGAGUCAAUGAAAUUCUCCAUAGAAAUACCACUGUCAGAAAGAGCGGCGGCUUGUCUCAGUACUUUGCUCUGCUAAAUAAGG